UGUGACAUCAUCAUUGUGCGCCAGCGGGAAGCAGUGAAGGCUUUCAUGCUCUCCUGUUGAGGUACUUGUCGUUAAUUAGCUGCACCAAGUCGCUACAAUCUAUGAUUUUGAGCGGACGGGUUGUCACAGGUUAGAUAUGUCUGUUACCGAGAUGUUCAGCUACAUCCAGGGCUUCUUAAGCGCAGACCAGGACGUCAGAGAGGAUAUCCGUAAGGUGGUCCAAAACCUGGAGCAAACAGCCAGGGAAAUCCUAACAGUCCUCCAGAGUGUCCACCAGCCCUCAGGCUUCAGGGAGAUUCCCAGUAAAUGUGCAAAGGCGCGGGAGUUGUUCUGCACCGUCAGGACACACAUUUCAGAUCUCAAAACCAAAUUUCCAAUGGAGCAGUAUUACAGGUUCCACGAACACUGGCGGUUUGUUUUGCAGCGUUUGGCCUUCUUGGCGGCUUUCGUCAUCUACCUGGAAAGCGAAGCUCUCGUCACUCGUGAGGAGGUGGCAGAGAUACUUGGGAUUGAGGUGGUGCGUGAGAAGGGCUUCCACUUGGAUGUGGAGGAUUACCUGGCAGGUGUGCUGAUCAUGGCGAGUGAGCUGUCGCGGUUGGCGGUAAACAGCGUCACAGCGGGAGACUACAGCCGGCCGCUCCGCAUCUCCAACUUUAUCAACGAGCUGGACUCGGGCUUCCGCCUGCUCAACCUGAAGAAUGACCCGCUACGGAAGCGGUACGACGGUCUCAAGUACGACGUGAAGAAGAUCGAGGAGGUGGUCUACGACUUGUCCAUCCGUGGUCUGGCCAAGGAGCCCGAGUCUGGUGAGGACAAGUAGCUGGAGGAAAAUCUGAUUGGCUGUGGGGUGAGAAGGAGGGCGUGGCAGCCACCUCCAGCUUCAGCAGACUCUCUCACCUGGGAGCUGAGACCCGGUGAUCUGCCUGAAAACCCAGCAGCCAAAGACUGUGUGUGUGUGUGUGUGUGUGUGUGUGUGUGUGUGUUUCAGAUGGAUGCUGGACUGUAUGAGGGUUUUUUCACACCCAGUUUGUUCUCUUGCUCGAUUUCAGCUGCAUCUGGUGUUUUUCUUGCAGUGUUGUUGUUCUCAGACAAGCUUUCGUUGUUAUUGAGUCGAUUUGUCCAGUCUUGAAGACGGGGAGUGUUCUGUUCUGGGUUUUUCAGGAACACUUUUAUUUUUUUUAUCUUGCUUUGUUCUUUAUUUAGCUAAAAUUAGCAACGUUUUCAGUGUUGAGAAAAUUUCAUCCUUGGUGUUUGUUGGGAGUCUGUGGACUGAAUUGUCCCAACUAGGAUCCGAGAGCCUUGUUUAUAGAGAAUGUCUGACCCGGUCUGACCCAACAGGAGGAGGAUGGCUGCAUUUACAACUCAAAAGAUGAUGACCUCUAAGAAGACUUAAACGUCUGAAUCUGAUUGUUUUAAGUGAGGCUUGAGGAACAAACGAGCCAAAGAAACGACAGCGAUGCAUUUCACCUGAUUAGAAAAGCUACUGUGAUUAUUUGUCAUUUUGCCACCAGGAGCUGUUGCUUAUUUUGCCAAUGAGUAUCUGUUGAGCCGUUGCACUGUUUUGGCUUGAGAGGUAGUCUUCAUACGUACACAAAACAAUGGCUGAAUAGGUGUUUUCCCCCCAGUUAAAGGCAUGAAGAUGUUUUAAUAUCUGUGAUGGAGCUGUUCUCCUUUUGUGCUUUUGUUUCCUGGAGUAAAAUGCAUUUGUACACCUGA